AUGUCUGCGACCAACCAAGAGAAAAACUUCGACUAUCAAGAAGAGCUUCCAGCUGAUAAAGCCCAGACAUUGGCCUCACUCAAAACCUACAACAAGAACCCACCAGAUCAGACCGAGCGUCAUCUCAGAGAGAUUUGCCAGAAAUCCUGGAACAUCUUCCCUCACGGAUGCAUCGGUCACUGGCUAUUCCUCGACUGUGCAAUCACAUCCUUACCCGAGUACCCCGCCAUUAUCGAACGCAUCAAGGCCGGCAAUGUCCUUGAUGCCGGAUGCGCUUUCGGCUAUGCUCUAUGA